GUAUUAUUGGAUUGUUGAUCAUUCUGCGGUAGUUUUGCCGUUGUUUCCUCGUCGAAGACAUACGUUUAUAAUUGAUGAUAUCUACUCUACUAACAGUACAUUCCUGAGUAUUUAAUAGUGAAAUUGAGAUAAAGUGAAAAUGAAGCUGUUGUUUAUUUUCCUGUAUUUAAUAAAACUCAUUUAUGGGACACCUACACCUAUUGUAUUAUGGCACGGAAUGGGUGAUACCUGCUGCCUUGCCGUCAGUCUGGGAACAUUUAAAGUAUUUCUGGAGAGUGUGAUACCUGGAGUGUAUGUGAAUUCCUUGAGAAUUGGCAACUCAUCUAUUGAGGACCUGGAAAAUGGUUACUUUUUGAACCCAAAUAAGCAAGUACAGCUGGUUUGUAAUAUGCUGGCAGAAGAUCCCCAACUUAAAGAUGGUUUUAAUGCUAUUGGAUUCUCACAAGGAAGUCAAUUCCUGCGAGCUGUAGUCCAGCGCUGUGGUCACAAAAUCCCUCCUGUCAAGAACUUGAUAUCUCUUGGAGGUCAGCACCAAGGAGUUUACGGUCUUCCCCACUGUGGGGUCCUCAUGCAUCCGUCGUGCGACUACGUGAGGCAGCUCCUAAACUAUGCUGCUUAUGAGCAUUGGGUGCAAACCUCCCUCGCGCAAGCGACCUACUGGCACGACCCAUUAGACGAAGAAUCCUACCAGCAUAAGAGCAUCUUCUUAUCAGAGAUUAACAACGAGGUUUUCAUCAACACGACCUACAUCGAAAACUUGAACAAAUUAGAGCACUUUGUUCUAGUGAAGUUCAAUAAUGAUACGAUUGUUCAGCCGCGGGAGACCGAAUGGUUCGGGUUUUACGAACCUGGCCAGUCUGAGAAGAUGUUGACGUUGCAAGAGUCCAAGCUUUAUUUAGAGGAUCGGCUAGGCCUAAAGAAGAUGGAAAAAGAUGGGAAACUUGUAUUCAUCUCCGCUGAAGGGGACCAUUUACGAUUCUCAGACAAGUGGUUCAUCAAGAAUAUAAUUACGCCUUAUCUUAAGUAAGGCCAUAAGAGGCUAAUUAAGUGAUAGUAAUAAGUCUUAAUCUCGUUAAUGUGUGAUACGAUUGAUACUUGUUUCCACAAUCUUUGUUUUAUAGUGACGUGACUUUUUAAGUAAUUAUUUUACUAUAAACUUACCUAUUCUCUAGUUUCUUUUUUAAUUGUAUGUUUGUUAAUUUUGCCUUGUCUUAUCAAUUGACACUGUUUUCAUAUUGUCUAUUCACAAGUUAAUCAGAAUCAGAAUAAAUUUAUUUGUUUACACAUAAUGAAUGAGAAUGUAAGAUUAAAUGACAAUAUGAAUAUAAAAUAGUCAUAAGUAUAUAAAUCGAUUCAAAGAGGUUAUAUUAUUUCGUUAUAAUAUUUGCAUAUACCUACUACUGGCUGAAUGGGUCUAUUUGAAAUUUGAAUCUCGAUAACUGCAUGGCAUAUACCUAAGAUUAAAUGAAAUAUUUAUUAGAAUAUAAUAAAAUGAUUUUAUUUUUUAAUACUCAUUAUGGUAGCCUUAAAAUGAGAUUCGUAAAGCAAUAAUAUUGUGAUAAAUAUUUUAAAUAAAGCUUGUAAAAUGGA